AUGAAGUUCCUUAUAGUGCUUGUCGCUGCUAUCGCACUGCUUUCUUGCGCCUCGGCCAGGACCAUUACUGGCCGAAUUACCAACGGCAAUAAGGCCUCUGUCGGCCAGUUCCCAUAUCAAGUGGGUCUGUCCCUUAAACUGAGCGCUCUUUCUUCUUCCUGGUGCGGUGGCUCUCUGAUUGGCAAUAGCUGGGUUCUCACUGCAGCCCAUUGUACCGAAAGCGCACAAUCCGUGACCGUGUAUCUAGGUGCCACAGUGCGCACUUCAGCUGAAGUGAAACAGACCGUCGACAGUAGCAACAUCAUCAUUCACUCCGGAUGGAACAGAUCAACCCUGCGCAAUGACAUUUCACUGAUCAAGAUCAACAGCGUUGCCUAUUCUUCUCUGAUCAAGGCUGUUAGUCUACCUUCCGUGGCCAGUUCUUACUCGACCUAUGCUGGUGAUAAUGCGAUUGCCUCUGGUUGGGGUCGCACCUCUGAUUCAUCUAACUCUGUGGCUACCGAUCUGCAAUGGGCUCGUCUUCAGGUCAUUACCAACACAGUCUGUGCCGCGACCUAUGGCACUUCUAUUGUCGUUAGCUCCAAUAUUUGUGUGAGCACACCCGGUGGUACAUCUACUUGCCAAGGUGAUAGCGGUGGCCCAUUGGUUCUGGAAUCGAAUAGCCAACAAAUUGGUCUGACGUCCUUUGGUGCUGCUGCUGGCUGCGAGAAAGGAUACCCUGUAGCCUUCACUCGUGUUACGAGCUACUUGGAUUGGAUCAAGCAGAACACAGGAAUUUCGUACUAGACAGUUAAUGAAUACUAUGAAAAAACAAAAAUAAAUUGCAAGUAAAAUAUA